CCACGAUGGCGUUUCGAAGAAGCGACACAAUCCGCAAGACACGGGGACAAACCAACCACACCGCUCGAGCCCGCGGCACCCGCUCUGCCCAUCGCACAAUCGCAGAUUUCUGCAAGUGUGUGUAUCCCAUCCAACACAGCUGUAGACCAUGUCGUUCCUGAAGAAGCCGACGGCAUCGGCUGCGACAAUGGCAUCGCUGGUUUCGGCGAGCCGGCAUCGGAUCGCUUCCUCCCUGCCUCGAACGACCACGAGGGCGAAAUCGUCGGCGGUCGCAUCUCCGGCAUUGUCGAGAUACGGACUCGGAGGACAGCACUGGAGGCAGUUCAAUCCGGAAUCGUACCAAGAACUGAUACACCAAGCCCUGUCCAAGAACGUCUCGUACUUCGAGGUGGCCGGUCAGGAAGGGGGCGACAUCGCCAUGGCGGGAGCCAUCCAGAGUGCGCUGGAGCGCAAUCCCGGUUUUUCCUCUUCUCCCAUYACCAUCACCGCUCGCCUCGGAUAUCGAAGCCUAUCCGACGGCCCCGCUGCUGGUCCGGGAGAAGGAGAAGGCAAGGUCGAUGCAGCAGCAGCACCCGGCGAUAACCAACCGAUGCCCGGAGAUGUGCUGCUGGCACCCCCUCCGGAAGACGGGACGAAGGGGAAUGCGGGCGUGGCAGCAGCGUACGACACACCGCAGAACGUCGUUCACAACCUGUCCUCCGAGUAUGUAUUGCAGGCCGUCCGGUCUUCCCCGCUGUUGGAACUCCAGGAAACAAUGGAGAACGUGAGACUCGUCUUUCUGCUACACAAUCCCGAGGUCCAGGUUGUGGAGUUGCUCCAAGAAGAUCCCAACGCAACGGCCGAAGCACGACAGGAAUUCAUCCGGCAGCGCUGGACGCCCGCCAUGGAAACCCUCCAGGAAUACUCGUCCAACGGAACGGGCGUUUCCUUCGGAGUCUGCAGCAACGGCUUGGGAAUACCGGAUGUCGACAACCAUCCCAUGCACCUGGGCACCRACUCGAUCGUCCAAGCGGCAAACGCCUACGAUCGGUUUUCGACGGUCCAGCUGCCCGCGAACCUCUUGGAGACAUACGGUUGGGAAAUGGCGAGAAAAAUCAAGGCGGAAACACAACAACAGAGGGAAUCGUUCGGAGCCGUGGACGUGGUAGCAAUGAGGCCCCUGACGUGCUACCCGGAUCUGGGGACGGGAUCGGGAUACCCCUUUCGACUGGUGGACUACGCCCUGCCGGCAYUCCAAGAAAAUGAUUCGGUCGCGGGAGACGGCGGCAAUCCUUCCCUUUGCUAUACCAACGACAUGGAGGGCAUCCCUGCCUUGUAUCAAAUGACGCUCCAGGCCGCAAUGUCCCAUUUCGAUGCCGAAGAGCUUCUGGAAAAGAAGCAAGAGCGGGACCUUUCCAUGGAGGAGCGAGAAACACUGGAUGGGUGCAAGCUGAUGCAGAGCAUGAUCCACGACCUGGACAAUCAGCUGGCCGACAUUCGAUCCUUUGCCGCACACGAAGACGAGCUCUACGGAAGAAUUAUUCCUCUGAUACACGAUACGUUCGAACUGAUGGACGACACGACCUCGGAUGUUUUGCAGGUAAGUUGCAACGUACGGCACGGCGUGGCACAACCAUCCCAUCGAGAUAAGGAGAGUUGUGCUGCUAUUUUGAUUUGAUUUGAUUUGAAUCGAAUCGAGUUGCACUUGCACCGCAUCACACUGCAACAAAAACUUCAGAUUCCAAUAAUAUGGACCGACUGAUUUGUGAUUUUUGUGUUUUCAAAACGAUUGUUUGAUGAAACAGGCAUACUUUGCUGCUUAUGCUGUUGCGGUGCGAUACGCAAUCGCGACCAAGACACGAGAGGUCCUCAAGGGAGGAGAAGAAACAGGCAACAAAGCAAGCGGCGGCACCGGGAACAUUACCUACCCCGAUAUUCCGCAAACGAUGACGCUCCAAGAGUAUGCKCUGCGACACAUGUUGGUGGAAAGAUGCUUCGAUCGCAUCGCGAUUGGUGCCUCCACGAUGCAAGAUUUCGACCACGCAACCCAGCUCAUGGAAACCAUCGACUCGGGAGAGGAGCAUCCGCUGGGGAAAUUGCUCUCGGUGACAGAUGGACAACCCGAAAACGAAACAAACGACGGUGGGAAAAGCAAUCAUUAGCGAACCAUCGCGWUGCUGCAUUGCCAAAUUGUUUUGCACCAAAACAAAAAUUGGAAUGCCACUUUCGAAGCAUAGGCUGAGYUCCUCUGAGAAUCCAAAACCUGCCUACAACUGUCACGCUCUUUCUUCGUGAAUUCGAAUGCGACUUUGGAACGUACUAUAAAUUAUUGCAGUUGUG